UACUUGCAAAUAUCACUGGAGUUUAUAUUUUUGCGAUUUUCUUCAAGACUAAGUACGCCCUCUUACGGCCUCUUUCGAAACAUCAGUAGAGGGGUCUAAAAUCGGUCCACUCUCUGAAUAUAAUACACCAUGGGGGCUUACAAGUAUAUGCAAGAAGUAUGGCGCAAGAAACAGAGUGAUGUCAUGAGGUUUCUCAUCCGUGUAAGGACAUGGCAGCUUCGUCAACUCUCUGCUAUUCACAGAGCUACAAGACCAAUGAGACCUGACAAGGCUCGUAGUAUGGGAUACAGAGCUAAACAAGGUUAUGUGAUCUAUCGCAUUCGUCUUCGUCGCGGAGGACGCAAGAGGCCUGUGCCAAAGGGCGCCACCUAUGGCAAGCCAACCAACCAGGGAGUGAACCAGCUCAAAUACCAGAAGUCUCUUCAGUCUACUGCUGAGGAACGUGUUGGUCGUAGAUGUGGUGCUCUACGAGUUCUCAAUAGCUACUGGAUCUGUGAAGACUCUACCUACAAGUACUUUGAGGUGAUUCUUGUUGAUCCAAUGCACAAAGCUAUCAGACGUAACCCAGACACACAAUGGAUUACCAAGUCUGUUCACAAGCAUCGUGAAUGCCGUGGACUUACAUCUGCAAGCAAGAAGAGUCGUGGUCUUGGCAAAGGUCAUCUCUACAAGCAGACAUCUGGUGGUUCCAGGAGGGCUUCCUGGAAACGAAGAAACCUUCUCCGUCUCAGAAGAUAUCGUUAGACACCUCAUCAAUCUUCCUCUUCAGACUCAUUUCAAAAGUUAUCUGAACUUUGUCUACAAGUCUCUCAAUCACACCCUGGAUUUAUUAUUACAUCAAGACAUCAAUGUAUUACCCAUCAUGCAGAUCAGGUUGUUUCUGGACCUCAGUCACUGGAUUCGACUCACAAAGAGAUCUUUGCUCAUCAUAAGAACCCGUGGUAUAAACAGAGGACUUACCAAAACUGACAAUGAUAGAACUCUUGGUUUUGAUAAGUUCAUACUGGUACAGCCCCAAUAAAAUACAUGAAUCAUGGUA